UGUGUGCAUGUGGCGCCAUCUAGUGGUCAGUCUUUACAAAUACUACUACAUGCUGUUCAGUAUUACGAGUCUUUUUACAAAUCUUAUAUUUUACGUAUAAAUGGCCUUUAAAAUAUGUUCCAGACUCACAGCGUUAACUCUCCGACUGAAGUCUCAUCCGACCGCCGUUAGUGCGUUAAGCUCCGGCAGCGGUUUAACGGUGGAACAUGACCGACAGAACCGGCGCUUCACCGUCACCCCGGGCAGCGGGGCUGGCGACCAUGACUGUGCUGUGCUGCACUACAGAUUCACCGGGGAGAAGGAGGUGGAUCUAAUGUCAACCUAUGUACCAGCGACAUUUAGGGGCCAAGGUGUUGCUGCAUUGCUGUCACAGGCUGCCAUGGACUUCCUGGUUGAAGAAAAACUCAAAGCUCAUGUCUCCUGUUGGUAUAUAAAGAAAUACAUCGAGGACCACCCGCUACAACAUUAUAAAGAACUUGUAAUCACUUGACUGCAGCCUGUUGUUCCAGUUUACAGCCUGGAAUACUACCUCAAAUCAACCACAACCUCAUGUGCGUUACUGUACAGUACUACAAAGGCCAAAUGGAUGAUGUAAAGUGUGCCAUACUUGAUCUUCAGCAUCCAAAAGUCAUGGUUCAUAUUCCAUACUAUAGAGAUGCCUGAUUAAACCCAUUCAUAUUUUUUUUAUUAAAUUUAGGGAUUGAUCCUGAUUACUGUUUGUUUGUUUUUUAUAUCCGAUUGCACUUUAUUUAAAAUCUUGUUUGUUUGAUUUUCUCUCAAAGUAGUAGCCUCAAAUAUUAUUCAAUAUUGGGACGAGACAUGGAAAUAUGUAUCAAGGCAUGAUGUUUGGAUAUUGAUAAUGUCUGCACACUUUAAAAACAACAACAA